CCCCCAGAAUCCUCGCUCUUUGCAGAAACAAGGCUUUCUGGAUUGUUGCUUCCCUCGCUGCAAAAAUGUCGGGGUUCAGCCCCGAACUUAUCGAGUACCUGGAAGGGAAAAUCUCCUUCGAGGAGUUUGAGAGGCGCAGGGAAGAGCGCAAAAGCCGAGAGAGGAAGGUGAGAUUUCACGACACCCCCCCCCCCCCGCCAUCUGCAGCUGAGGAGAAAGAAAGGGGUCCAUUCCCUUCAUGGCGCUCUCUUCUCGUGUUUUGGUUGGGGUGUGUGUUUUUUUGGCGGGGUGGACUCCUCGCUUCUAUCUCCGAGUCCCCUCCCUCAAUAUUUGCAGCUAUCGCGGGAACUUUUAAAAUCACUCAAGGCAGACCGUCGUUUGCAAGCAAGCCUUGCAAUAAAACCCCGCGAAAACACCGCCCCCCCAAAACCGGGUGUGGGGGGGGGGAGGGUGAUGAUGAUGAUUUUUUGGGUAAAUUUAUUUAUUUGUGGGUUUUUCAAAUUAAAUUUUUACUAUCACAAAUCAACAUAAAAUAUAGAAAUAAGAUUCCACAUAAUCUCCUGGACUUCCCUCUUCCCCUUUGUGGGUCCUAUUGUUACUCAUUUCCUUCUGCAUCUUUUAUAAUGAUCCAAAUCUUUUGCAUCUCCCUUAUGUCCAAAAUUCACCAUUAAACUGCAAGUGUUAUUCCAAUCCCACGAACGGAUUUUGGCUGUUUACAAUAGUUUUUAAGAUAGAUUAUAAAUUUUCCCAAAAUGCAUUGUACCCAUCAUAAUUUUUUUAAUUAUCUGCAUUACAGAUACAAAGUUGCACACUUGUAGUUUGGGAGAAUGACUCCUGUUUUUAUACUGGCAAUCAAAUCCCACUUCAUCUGCUAGGAACGCACAUUGAAAGGAUUAGAAAAAUACACUCACUCACAGCUCUGAUUGCAUUAAGUGCCUUGAUUACAACCACCUGCUUUUUGCCCAGCUACCCACCCCAACUGGGUGAUUUAAUUUGAAGUAUCUUAUUUAUCUGACUGCAAGCAAAGUGAUAGCUUUUGGGUUCUGGCUUUUUAGGAUAAUAUAACUGAAUAGUAGGGAAACCUUGAUAAAAGGCACUGUUUAUGAUACUCUGUAUUAAGUGCAAUACACGGGGUGGUGGACUGUGCUGAUUUGUUUGUUGCAACUGAGUCUAGCAGAAAGUGAGCCUCCAGUUUUUCCCAGCCUAAGUGGGCAAUGUAGUUUUAAUUUUUAAAGUAGAUAAAAAGUCGUAGUUGAACUGGUCUGCUGUGGGGGGUGGGGGGAGAAUGAAAGGUAACUAGAUAUUCCCCAUACAGAUAUACAUAUGAAUAGCAAUAAUUCAAUAUGCUGAAUAGACAAAAUACACAACACACUAUCCAGAAGCAAAUAUAGUAUUCUAGGAUCAAAAACUUUUGGUUAAGAGGGGAGGCAAGAUGCUUACCAAUUUAUGUGUGUAUCAAAGAUAAUGGACUGGAUCUCAAGCAUAUGGGUUUUGUCUUGGAAACAGAAAUCUGUAUGGCAAGUCUCAUGUUAUUUUUUUCACAUAGAUUAAGGCAACUAGCUACACUAGUGUACCCAGUGCUUUUUUCUAAAAAACGUUUAGGGGUACUCUCAUUUUCCUUCUCAUAUUGAAAUACUGCCCCUCAAUGAGGCCAAACUUGGAUUCACAAAAUGUUUAGGGGUAUGCAUACUCCUGUGUCCCCCCAGAAAAAAGUACUGAGUGUACAAGUUUUUAAUGAUAUACAGUGGAGUAGAAUAAUGUGUGUUUAAAAAUUUGUAGGGCUACAUUCAUACAACCGUCUUAAAGACUAGUGAUACGUAAGCUUAUAUGAUUUAUUCUGGGGAGCAAAAAACCUCAGCAACUAUACAAUGAAAGAGGUGGAAAAGGGAAAUGUGUAUGUCUUACGCAUAUAUAUUUCCUGGAAGUAGUUCACUACAAAUUUUUGUUCACAAUUUCAAUGGAACAAUUUAUUCCAGCGUGUGCAAUGUAAACCUUUGAUAAAUGAGUUUCAAUUUACCAGCAAUUUUGAAUAACAGUCCCUGAUUCAAUUGUACAAUAGCAAACCAAAUAAUUGCCUACAAUCAGUCCCAUCACCUAUGCAGGUAAAUUGUUUUGGAACUGCAUUCCAUAUUGACAGUAAUGUUAUAAAGUUCAUAUUUUCUCUUCAUCGCAUUUUGCCGAUCUUUACAGGAUGGAGAAAAUGCACUUACUGAAGAAAAUGUAGAAGAUCCUGAUGCUCCUUCUACAUCUGCACAAGGACCAUCUGUUGGACCUCAGGGUCACAAUGAAGCAGAAGGUACAUGUUAAACGUAAUGUUUAACUGGAAGGAUUUAAAGAUGCCAUACCUGCUCAGUGGUAGCUUUUAGGUGUAACAUUAAGCAUUGUUAAGCAAAAUAUUCAGUGUGCAAGCUCUCCUGCUCUGCUUCUCCUUUAGGCGAGCAGGAGAACAAACCUAGGAGCAGCUUGCUUAGACUAAUGUACCAGCCAGUGCUUAUGGUUUAUUUUUCUCCAAGCAAAUCAUGAUCCAAAGUCAAGGUUUGUUUUUGGCUUCCCUAUAAUGAUUUGUGUGAGAGAAACAAUGUUUGCUGGUACAUGCUUUGUAUACAAAAGCACCUAGGUUCAAUCACUGCUGUUCAGUGUGUAGUAGAGAAUACUUCUACGUGAACCCUUAACCAACAAUGCCACAGCAUUUGAUGCUUCCAGGAUAUUCACUGAUUUUCUUAUAAGACUGGAGUGGGGGUGGGUCUUCUUAGGCUUGCUUUCAGGUGCCAAGUUGUCUUCAGCUACUGGUGAAGAAGGCGUUACUUGUUAUUGGCUGUAGCCAAAAGUGAUCCAUAGAACCAGAUUGUUUGGAGAUUCAAUCACAAAAGAUCUUGUUACCGUACUUUUCUGUGUAUAACACGCCCCCAUGUAUAACACGCCCCUAUUUUUGAGGACUAAAAAUUAAGAAAAUGAGGAGAGAUUAACCAGACUUGUUCAGCUUUUUUGCGGAAGAUUGCAGAGAGUUGUUUUUUAGGGGGGGAUUGUCAAAAAUCACUCACCCGCCUGGCCAACGCUAACACUCACACACGUCGCAACAGCCUCCUAACAUCUGUCACCUUGCUGGCAGAAGCAGCCUAUUGCCCGCCCCUUGCUGCAGAUACCAAUAACACGCUGCAGACCAUCUCCGGCUCACGGCAUCAACCAAUCCCAUGUCCCCCCUUGGCACUACCCUUGUAUAAGACGACCCCCUAUUUUAAACAUAAUUUUUCAGUAAAAAAAACCUAGUCUUAUACACGGAAAAGUACGGUCCGUUUUAUGAAAUAGAUAUUUGUUGGUUCAAUCACUGUUUCUAGUAAUUGGCUUCUCCAUUAUUUUCACUAACUUAGAAAAUAUAUCAGUGGGCCCUUUGAUCCCACUGUAAUUAUUGAAAAGGACUUAAUGGCUCAGGCUGUAUACAAAUAAUAUUUUUCAAGCAAAGGGAGCAAUUUCUUCCCAACUACUACCCAUAUUCCUAGCCCUGGCGUGGUAGGACCUACGCGAAUGCAAUGUGGCAAUUUCCCCAAAUACAGGCACUUCCAAUAACUUGAGUCUGUGGAAUUGAUGGCAGCAGAUUGUAGGAAGUGUCAGUUGCAGUCAAUUUGUGCAACUUUAAAAAAACAAAAAACAAGAAAAUGUUCUUAAAUAGGGAAAGAUUGGUGAGAGGAGGAGGUAAUUUUGCAUGAUUUCUUAUUGGAGAACAUUGUAACCUUUUCUCCCUCCCAAUCAGAAGAGACAUCAGAUGGAGUCAGCAAAUCUGUCCAUCGAGUUUUUGCUUCUAUGAUGGGAGAGAAUGAAGAGGAAGAAGAGGAUGAGGAAGAAGAGGAUGAAGACGAAGAGAUCUCUGAACAGCCUACAGCAGGAGAUGUUUUUGCCCUGGAGAUGGUGCUUAACAGAGAGACGAAGAAAAUGAUGAAGGCAAGUGUUUUCAGACUGAAGAACCUCCAGGGGACUUGGCUAUUGCUGAAAUGCAGGGGAGAAAGUUACACUUUGAAAGAGAUACUCCAAUUCAGCGAGAAAUGUCCGCAAGAGAUGAAAGGGGACUUCUCACACAACUGUUGUAUAUAUUUUUGCCUUACUGGACAUGUAUUCUGAUAGUCAUUUCAGCUCCAUAGAAUUUGUUCUGUAUUCUAAGGGGAAUUCUCAUUUCUCCCCCUGAAGUUACUAAUUGUUGCGUAUGACUCAGGUGUAGUCAGGCCACAGUAUCUAAUAUUAAUUUCCCAAUGGAGGUUUUUUCAUAUACAGUGGUGCCUCGCAAGACGAAAUUAAUCCGUUCCGCGAGAGUCUUCGUCUAGCGGUUUUUUCGUCUUGCGAAGCAAGCCCAUUGACGGAUUAGCGCUAUUAGCGCUAUUAGCGGUUUAGCGGCUAUUAAAGGCUUAAAGGCUUAGGGGAUUAGCUGCUAAAAGGCUAUUAAAGGCUAUUAAAGGCUUAGCAGAUUAGAUAAAGGGGGAAAAGCGAAAACAAAAUCUCAAGACUCGCAAGGUAUUUUCGUCUUGCGAAGCAAGCCCAUAGGGGAAUUCGUCCUGCGAAGCAACUUCAAAACGGAAAACCCUUUCGUCUAGCGGUUUUUCCGUCUUGCGAGGCAUUCGUCUUGCGGGGCACCACUGUAACAUAUCCCCUGAGCCUGAUACGUUCACGUUUUAAGAAAUGAAUGCUGAUUGCAGGAGUCUGAUUAAGGUGGGGCUGGUGGUGGGGAGAAUAACCCUAAUUUUUUGUUUCAUUUUCUGAAAUACCAGACCAAAAUACCAGAAUUUAAUCAAUUUAAGGGAUACUUUUGGUUCAUGCGCUAUUCUUAUUAGGAAAAGAAUAACGCACAUAUCAUUGGAGAGCCAGUGUGGUGUAGUGGUUAAGAGCGGUAGUCUCGUAAUCUGGGGAACCGGGUUCGCGUCUCCGCUCCUCCACAUGCAGCUGCUGGGUGACCUUGGGCUAGUCACACUUCUCUGAAGUCUCUCAGCCCCACUCACCUCACAGAGUGUUUGUUGUGGGGGAGGAAGGGAAAGGAGAAUGUUAGCUGCUUUGAGACUCCUUAAAGGGAGUGAAAGGCGGGAUAUCAAAUCCAAACUCCUCUUCUUCUUCUUCAUUGCAAGUUGCAACAUAAUGCAAGUUGAACUCUAGUUAAUCUUUUUACUAGGAAAAACGUCCCCGCAGUAAAUUGCCCCGUGCCCUUAGAGGCCUCAUGGGUGAAGCAAACAUCAGGUUUGCUCGAGGCGAGCACGAAGAAGCCAUUCUGAUGUGCAUGGAAAUCAUAAGACAAGGUAUUGUUUGGGGAGGGGUGUUGAGUGAUGUUUUUGAACUGGCGACAACUUGAAAGGACCAAUGAAAUAAAUUUAAUACAUAAAGUGCAGUGUAUAUGAGUGUAAACAUUAGCAGCAGAUACAGUGGUACCUUGGUUUAAGAACAGCUUAGUUUAUGAACAACUUGGAUUAAGAACGCUGCAAACCCGGAAGUAGGUGUUUUGGUUUGUCAGCUUUGCCUUGGAAGCAGAACAUGUUCCGCUUCCUGUUGAGUGUAAAUUGAGUCCCCCGCUGCUAUGGGAAAGCACGCCUUGGGUUAAGAACGUUUUGGUUUAAGAACAGACUUCCGGAACGGAUUAAGUUCUUAAACCAAGGUACCACUGUACUGUGUUUGGACAUCUUUCUUUGUUUAGCAUAUAUUGUAUUGGCUUACCUAAUUAUAUUGGUUAGGAUCCAAGGAGAUCGUCAGUAGCAUGCUGUGAGCACCUACAGAUAAUCUAGGACUUUUCAAUUUUAUUUUCUGACUAUAGCUUUCUAUAUUUAAUUGGAUACCUUUCCCAGAGAUUACCUUAAGAAGAAACUGAGUUUAAAAUCUCUAGUUGGUGUGUGUGCAUUUUUUUUGGGGGGGGGCGAGUUUUCUGCACAACCUUACAAAUUUUUAAAUUGACUUUACACAGAUUUCUUAUAUUCUUAUAUUCUUUAGUCAUAUAUUCUAGGAUAAGAAACAGGAACUGACUUAGGUUGUCUUGCCAUAUUAUAAUGCACCAGUCUGUGAACUACUUAUUGUUAAAAACAUUUUUAUCCGACCUUUCAACCCAUAUGGUCUUCAGGUAGCUAACAACACUUAUUUGAAACAAAAUCACAAUCUAAACAAAAUCUGAAGCGACCGAUAACUUUAAAACAUUUCAAAAGGGAGCACAAAACAGCAAAUUAAAAUGUUGCUUUGAGAUAAGGUAAACAAAAUCUUUUCAUCUGGUGCAAAAAAAGAGAAAAUAAUGUAAGCAAACAGGUUUGGGGAAUGGUCGUCACAGGUAAUUAACCACCUCUUCUCAAGGCUGGGCAUCCAGAAGAGGAAAUGCUGCAAAACAGCACCUGAGUGUAACAGCACUUAACUCCUCAGGGCCUCAGGUGAUGAUCUUAACAAUUUGGUAGGCACCGUAUUUUUUGCUCUAUAACACGCACCAGACCAUAAGACACACCUAGUUUUUGGAGGAGGAAAACAAAAAAAAAAAUAUUCUGAAUCCCAAAAGCCAGAACAGCAAGAGGGAUUGCUGUGCAGUGAUCCCUCUUGCUGUUCUGGCUUCAGUGAAAGCAACGCAAAGCCUCUUCAGGGCAGCAGGAGGAACGCUCCCCCUGCCCUGAAGAGGUUUUGCGCAGCUAUCCCAGAAACCAGAACAGCAAGAGGAAUCGCUGCGCAGCAAUCCCUCUUGCUGUUCUGGCUUCUGGGAUAGCUGCGCAGCCUGCAUUCACUCCAUAAGACGCACACACAUUUCCCUUUACUUUUUAGGAGGGAAAAAGUGUGUCUUAUAGAGCGAAAAAUAUGGUAUAUAUAUAUAUAUAUAUAAGACCUUCAGAUACUUUCUGAGUCUCACACCUUGGCUUACAGGUCAAAACCAGCACUUUGAAUUGCAUUCAGAAACAAAUUAGUAGACAAAGAAUGUUUGAGCAGCUGCAGAAUAUGCUCAGUCCUGGUUGUAUGUACUAAUGUUAUACAGAGAGAUGAGUUUCUUUAAAAUGCUAACAUGUUUCUGUUUUUGAUCUGAGCAGCGCCUCUUGCUUAUGAACCAUUCUCAACCCUCGCCAUGAUUUAUGAAGACCAAGGAGACAUGGAGAAAUCUUUGCAGUUUGAAUUGAUUGCCGCUCACUUAAACCCCAGCGACACGGAAGAGUGGGUUAGGCUAGCUGAAAUGUCUCUUGAGCAAGACAAUAUUAAGCAGGCUAUCUUCUGCUAUGGAAAAGGUAAAGAAAUGGAUUUUUAAGAAAUAGAACAUCCUUUAGUUGCAUUUUCUUUUCUGCUAUUGAUUGUUUUGCAUGACUGUAUUUUUUGCUCUAUAAGACGCACCAGACCAUAAGACGCACCUAGUUUUUGGAGGAGGAAAACAAAAAAAAAAAUAUUCUGAAUCCCAGAAGUCAGAACAGCAAGAGGGAUUGCUGUGCAGCGAAAGCCGCGAUCCCUCUUGCUGUUCCAGCUUCUGGGAUAGCUGCGCAGCCUGCAUUCGUCCCAUAAGACACACACACAUUUCCCCUUACUAUUUAGGAGGGAAAAAGUGAGUCUUAUAGAGCAAAAAAUAUGGUACUUACAACAGCAAGUUUAUUAGCUGCUAGAAUUUGGUUUCUGGCAGUGUUGUUGAACCUAUUUUCACUGGCACACUCUGGAUGAUUCUCCUAAUCCCUCUCGAAUCAGAUUUCGGGUUGUGUGGGGUGUGUGUGUGUGUGUGUGGAAUGCACAAGUGAGAUGGGGGUGGGGAGCCAUGUCUCACAAGCAAGUCCUUUUCCAAGGCUUCUGCUGAGGGGUAAACCACACCCAAUGUAUUUAUAUUCAAGCUAGUUUAACAGCUUAGCUGGUUUAGCUAAGAAGUAACAUGACACCAUCAAAUCAUUCCUCUUGGUGUUCUGAUAAAAUGACCCAUGAGAGCUAAUCCUUGAUAGCAACUUCAUAAUUUCAAGAACUACUGAUAGGCUGCAUGAUAGUUUGAAACCACAACGUUACAGGAGCCAGAAUCUAGUACUAAAAGGGUUUUAGAACUGAUUCAAGAAUUUGGUCAAGUGGCAGGAUUUAAAUUGAACAAGUCAAAAACUAAGGUUUUAGAGAAAAAUUUAACACCGAUCGAAAGAGAGAGGUUUCAGAAUGAGACAGGUUUAACAGUGGUUAAGAAAGUUAAAUACCUGGGGAUUAACAUGACAGCAAAAAAUGGGAAUCUAUUUAAAGAUAACUAUGAAAAAUGUUUAAAAAAUGAAAAAAGAUUUAGAAAUUUGGUCAAAUUUGAAGCUUUCACUGCUGGGCCGUAUUGCUGCGAUAAAAAUGAAUGUAUUGCCUAGAAUGUUGUUUUUGUUUCAAACUUUGCAAAUUGUGGACAGAAUGGAUUGUUUCAAGAGGUGGCAGAAAGAUAUUUCUAGAUUUGUCUGGCAGGGCAAGAAGCCCAGAAUAAAAUUUAAAAUACUAACGGAUGCAAAGGAAAGAGGUGGAUUUGCCCUGCCAGACCUCAAACUUUACUAUGAAUCAGCAGCUUUUUGCUGGUUGAAAGAAUGGCUACUUCUUGAAAACACUGACAUUUUGGACUUAGAAGGUUUUAACAAUGUAUUUGGAUGGCAUGCAUAUCUAUGGUACGAUAAGGUCAAAGCACAUAAAGCAUUUAAAAACCACAUUGUCAGGAAAGCGCUGUUUAAUGUUUGGAUAAGGUAUAAGGAUUUGUUAGAAAACAAAACCCCAAGGUGGCUGUCACCAAUGGAAGCGAAAGCCUUGAAAAAGCUCAAUAUGGAGGUCAAAUGGCCGAAAUAUUGGGAAAUUUUGGAACAAGAUGGAGAUAGACUGAAAUUGCAGAGCUUUGAAAAACUAAAAAACAAAGUGCGAGACUGGCUUCAUUAUUUUCAGAUAAUGGAGGCAUUUAAAUUGGACAAGAAAAUUGGCUUCCAGGUGGAAAAAUCAAAAUUAGAAACUGAACUGUUAGAACCCAAAACUAAGAAUUUGUCAAGAAUGUAUAACUUGCUGCUGAAAUGGAACACUCAGGAUGAAACGGUAAAAUCGGCUAUGAUUAAAUGGGCACAAGACGUUGGACAUAAUAUAAUGAUGGCUGACUAGGAACAGUUGUUGACCACAGGUAUGAAAUUUACGGCAUGUAAUGCCCUAAGAGAGAAUAUUAUGAAAAUGAUAUACAGGUGGUACAUAACCCCAGUCAAGCUUGCAAAAAUCUAUCAUUUGCCCGAUAAUAAAUGUUGGAAAUGUAAAGAAACUGAAGGUACAUUUUUCACCUUUGGUGGACGUGCCCAAAGAUUAAGGCUUUCUGGGAAAUGAUAUAUAAUGAAUUAAAAAAGGUAUUCAAAUAUACCUUCCCCAAGAAACCAGAGGCCUUUCUCCUGGGCAUGGUCGGCCAAAUGGUGAUAAAAAAAGAUAGAACUUUCUUUAUGUAUGCAACAACAGCAGCAAGAAUACUCAUUGCAAAGUAUUGGAAGACACAAGAACUUCCCACGCUGGAGGAAUGGCAGAUGAAACUGAUGGACUAUAUGGAACUGGCGGAAAUGACUGGUAGAAUCCGUGACCAGGGAGAAGAGUCGGUGGAGGAAGAUUGGAAGAAAUUCAAAGAUUAUUUACAGAAACACUGCAAAAUUAAAGAAUGCUAGAGUGAUGUUGGAUUGAAAAUAAGUGGUUUCCAGCUGUACAGGAUUCAAAGUUAUAGAUAGACUAAGAUUAAAGAUUAGGAUCAAAGAAUUUUAAGGAAAUGGAAAUUUGGUAUUUAAGAGGUAAAAUUUUAAUGCUAUAUUAUAUUAAGAUUAAAGAUUGGGAUUAAAAAAGUGGGAAAGAAAUUGCUGGACAACCAAUUUGGACUGGAAUACAAAAGAGGGAGGUAUGAGGAGGUCCAGAAAAUAAGUAAAUUUAAAAACGGAAAUGGAAAAAAAAAAAUGAAACCACAACGCAUCUUCCCCAACGUUAUACUGUAUGCAACAAUAAUGUCUCACAACAAAUAUAACUGAUCUGUAGAAAAGACUCUUAAAACCUGAAAAAGGAUGCAUGUACUUUUGUAAAUCAAGAAAAUCUUUAAUCAAAAUUAUUUUAAAAAAUAAACUUGACCGUGUUCUAGUGGGUCAGCAUUCUUCUAUAAACCUUUAUUUCUAAUUUUAAAAAAAUGAAAAACAGCAAGAAAGAUGAUUAUAUUGAUGCAAAGAGAUGCAAUAUUACCUGUGUGAGAAAGAAAAAACACCUGCCAUAAAUUGCACUGGAGCCUAAGAAUCCAGUCUUUUGCUGGAUCAGACAAAUCUGUCUGCCAAACCUAGAAUUCUGUUUCCAGUGGAGACAAGUCCAAAUGCCUUUGUGAGCUCACAGCAUUUGAUACACAGAGGUAUAGCGCUUCUGCAAAUUGGUGUUUCCACUUAGUAAAUAAUGAGAACAGUUUCUUCAGGCUGUAAAAGUCUGAUUUUGUGUCUGUCUUGGCAGAGUUGUUAAAACUGUAGUAGUAGUAGUAAGAAUAGUAAUAGUAAUAAUAAUAAAAAAAUAAUAUUACUACGAUUGUUUUGUUAUGUUAGUUUUGGUAUUAUUAUUAUUAUAAUAAUAAUAUUAUUGAAUAUAAUCAUGCCUCUUCUUAUUUUUAUAGCUCUGAAGUAUGACCCUACCAACGUGCGUUACUUGUGGGAGCGAUCGAGUCUCUAUGAGCAGCUGGGAGAACAUAAACUGGCGAUGGAUGGCUACAGACGCAUUUUAAAUCUUCUAACUCCGUUUGAUGGGGAUCGCUUUAUGCAUCUGGCUAGGGAUAUGGCAAAGUAAGCAUUUAGUCAAACAUUUUAUCAAAACAUUUAGUCAAAAAUAUCUCAUCGGUACUGCUGUCCCAAGAAUGUGUGUGCUUCUUGAGGCAAACAAGGGUGACCCCAGUUUUUGGGAUUGAGACACACCAGGAAGGCAGGAAAGAGGUGAAGGAAGAAAAUAGCAUUUGAUAAUGUAUAAAUGACAAGAGGGUGCAAGGGUGUUAGAACAGAAUGGUUCUCUUUAUUGUUUACAUGUCAGAUUUCUUGCACAAUAGAACCCAAGGAAUACAUGAGAUUCCCAGGUUGUCUCCCAGCCGGGCACUGACCAGAGAUGGGCCGGCUUAGCUGACUGGGCCAUGUACCCUAAAACCAUGCCCUGAUCCUUUGGCGUGGGGACAGUUUUAUAGAAAUGAGCUUUAAGGGGGACGGCUUUAUACAGAAGGCUAAUCCCACGCAAAAAGAAAUGGAUAUUGCUGAAGUCAUAACCAUUAGAUGGAAAUUUGCAGAAAUUAGUGAAAUGCCAACUUCUCAGCUCAUCAGCUCUUGACUGCUUGCAAUAAAACUCCUGAGAGCCAGGGUGGCACUGGGGUUCCAGGGCAUCUGGGGGUCAAGGGCUCAAACUUUCUGCCUGCCAGGAAGCUCAGUGGGCAAUGCUGGACCUCUUGGUACAUUUCAGCCCGAGCCUACCCCACAGGGUUGUACUGAUGAUAAAAUAGGGGCAGGGGGUUAACAGCUUUGUUAGUUAAUCAAAUAAUCUCAAGGCUAAUUGCAUGUAGGCAAGAUACGUACAUCGGAGAGGAAUGAAAAUGUGGUUUGGGAACCAGGAGCAGAUGGUCACCACAUUUCUUUUAUUUUUAUUUAUCUAUUCAAUUUAUACACCGCCCUAUAAGGGACGCGGGUGGCGCGGUGGGUUAAACCACAGAGCCUAGGACUUGCUGAUCAGCAGGUCAGCAGUUCGGAUCCCUGCGACGGGGUGAGCUCCCGUUGCUCGGUCCCUGCUCCUGCCAACCUAGCAGUUCAAAAGAACUUCAACGUGCAAGUAGAUAAAUAGGUACUGCUCCGGCGGGAAGGUAAACAGUGUUUCCGUGCGCUGCUCUGGUUCUCUAGAAGCGGCUUAGUCAUGCUGGCCACAUGACCUGGAAGCUGUACACCAGCUCCCUCAGCCAAUAAAGUGAGAUGAGUGCCGCAACCCCAGAGUCGGUCACGACUGGACCUAAUGAUCAGGGGUCCCUUUACCUACUUUUAGGGACACAAACGGUAAAGAUGGACACAUUUUAACAUUACUUCCAUAUACUUUGCAUGAACACAUGAUAGGUCUUUUGGAUUGGGGGGAAUUUUGCUUUACGGCUUGCCUAGAAAAUUCUCUUAACGACUUUAUAUGUUUUCUUUUAAUUUUUAAAACAAAUUAUGACCUGCAUUUAACUAUAUUACCGUACUGCCGUUUCCCAUAGGAGCUAUUACGAGGCCAAUGACAUCACUGCUGCUAUUGAGAUAAUGGAAGAAGCCUUUGGUAAACACCAGAACCUCGUAUCCAUGGAAGAUGUCAAUAUAGCUGCCGAGCUGUAUAUCUCUAACAAACAGUAUGAUAAAGCCUUGGCUGUAAGCAUGUUAAAUUAAUUUCCUGUAAGGGCUAGCUGUGUUAGGCACAUUGGAAGGGGCAAAAUUUAUAGCUGUCCUUGCAUUUAUACCCCACCUUUCUUGUGUCCUGGGGUCCAAGGCAGCUAGGUGGGCCUCCCAGGUGGCCAGUUAUCCAGGUACUGGCCAGACUCAUACUUGCAUGGCUCCAGAAAAUUGGUGGCCUUGCAUUCCUUCAGACCAUACCCCCACUUUUUUACGGUCUUGGGGUCACAUUCGCACCAUACCUUUCAAGCACUAUUAUACAACAGUCAUGGAGAAUCCGGAGUACUAUAAUUUGUUAAGCAUGCUGGGAAUUGUAGUUCUGAGAGGUCAGCGCUCAUAACAAACUACAGUUCCCAGGAUUCUCCAGGAUGGUUGAAGCAGUAUAAUAGUGCUUUAUGCAUAUGAUGUGUAUGUACCUGACACUCGCCAUCCAAGAUGCCGGGUAGCAAGCAAUACGUUAAACAAUUAAUGCAAUGUGUCCAAAAUAAAACCAAUUUACUAUUGUAACCUCCUGUGCUGCCUUAACCGGGUGGCGGGUGGGUUAAACCACAGAGCUUUGGGCUUGCCGAUCAGAAGGUCGGUGGUUCGAAUCCCCGCGACGGGGUGAGGUAAACGGCGUUUCCGUGCGCUGCUCUGGUUCGCCAGAAGCGGCUUAGUCAUGCUGGCCACAUGACCCGGAAGCUGUACGCUGGCUCCCUCGGCCAAUAAAGCAAGAUGAGUGCCUUAACCCCAGAGUCAGCCACGACUGGACCUAAUGGUCAGGGGUCCCCUUUACUGCCUUAACUCCUGACCAUUAAAAACACGCUGAACAAAAAUGGUUGCGAAGCCUCCAGAAUAUUCUUGAACUUUCGUAAUUAUGCAGAUGAAGGAGUUGUACAAUAGUCAAGAGGACCGCUUAACUUUGUGCCCUUGCUGGUGUUGGGAGAAAUUUUUUAAAGGGUUGCUAGACUGGAGGUAUCCCUCCCAGAAACCCCAAAGAGGCAGGCUCCAAGUGAAAAGAUAGGCCUUUAUUGAAAUGCUAAUACACUUUGGGAGAAAUAAGGAGGAAGGCUGCAGAGAACCACAUCCAAAGCAAUAUUUCUUAUACACUUCCAGGUUGCAUACAUGAUUUCUGUUCACCAAUCUUGAGUUACGACCUGUUUUGGUUUACAGCCAGACCUCCGGAACGCAUUAUGGUUGUAAACCAAGGUACCACUGUACAUAUAAUCAUUUUUCAAUUUCUUCCUUUAUCAAGCCUGACUAAUUUUCCUGUUCUUUAAACGUCUCCCUAUAUCCCUUUUCACCUGUCUGCAAAACAAUUCAAGAUAAAUCACAAUGGCCAUGCCUGGCUGAUUCUAUCUUCAUGCAUACAAUGGCCACCAUAGAUUAUAACAGUUUAUUCUUUUUAGAGUUCUGUGGUGGACAUUCACCGCAUGCAGUACCUAAAAGCAGCUAGUUCUGUUCUGUGAAAGAUAGGCAGGUGCAGGCCUCUUCAGUUUAGCUAGGCGAUAGGCUCCAAAGAAAAUGGAAUUGUCAAAACAGUAGCAGUUUGACGAAAUCUCUGUUUUCUCCAUCGUUGGCACAGCGUUCUUGGCUGAGCUUAGGGAAGGUUGCUGUCCUUUAGUUAGGGAAGGUUGCUGUCCUGAGCAGGGAUCUAAGAACCAUCUAAGAGAGGGGCUAGCAACCUUUUUUCCAGCCGUGGGCCGGUCCACCGUCCCUCAGACCAUGUGGUGGGCCGGACUAUUUUUUUUUGGGGGGGGGUUGAACAAAUUCCUAUGCCCCACAAAUAACCCAGAGAUGCAUUUUAUAAUAAUAAUAAUUAAUAAUAAUAAAAUAUUUAUACCCCGCCCUCCCCAGCCAAGGCUGGGCUCAGGGCGGCUAACAACCAAUAAUAAAAAUGAGUUGAAUGAAUACAACUUAAAAACAAGAUUAAAAUACAACAUAAAUCAUUAAAACAAUUAAAAUGCAGCCUCAUCACAGGAGGAGAAAGGAAAAAGAAAGAGGGGAAGGGAAUCAGGGAAUCAAAUUGACUCCAAGCCAAAGGCCAGGCGGAACAACUCUAUCUUACAGGCCCUGCGGAAAGAAAUCAGAUCCUGCAGGGCCCUGGUCUCAUGAGGCAGAGCGUUCCACCAGGCCGGAGCCAGUCUUGAAAAAACCCUGGCUCUGGGUGAGGCUAAUCUAACUUCCUUAGGGCCCGGGACCUCUAGAGUGUUGCUAUAUAUGGACCUUAAGGUCCUCCGUGGGGCAUACCAAGAGAGGCGGUCCCGUAGGUACGAGGGUCCUAGGCCGUGAAGGGUUUAAAGGUCAAAACCAGCACCUUAAAUCUGACCCUGUACUCCACCGGGAGCCAGUGGAGCUUGAAAAGCACUGGGUGAAUAUGCUCCCAUGGCAGAGACCCCGUGAGGAGCCUCGCUGCAGCAUUCUGCACCCACUGGAGUUUCUGGGACAGCUUCAAGGGCAGCCCCGCAUAGAGCGAAUUACAGUAGUCAAGCUUGGAGGUGACCGUCGCAUGGAUCACUGUGGCCAGGUCAGGGUGGGAAAGGUAAGGGACUAACUGCUUGAUGCGGUGAAGGUGGAAAAAUGUCGCCUUGGCUGUUGCUGUAACCUGCGCCUCCAUAGAAAGGGAGGCGUCAAGGAUUACACCCAAACUCUUAACGGAAGGCAAUGGCACUAAUUGGGCCCCUGCAAGAAAAGGGAGUUGGUCUCUCAUCCCCAUACCAUCCUGACCCAGCCAGAGGACCUCUGUCUUCGAAGGAUUUAGUUUCCUAAAUUUAUUUUAAAUAAAAACACACAUUCUACUCAUGUAAAAACACCAGGCAGGCCCCACAAAUAACCCAGAGAUGCAUUUUAAAUAAAACGACGCAUUCUACUCAUGUAAAAACACGCAGAUUCCCGGACCAUCCGUGGGCCGGACUGAGAAGGUGAUUGGGCCGCAUCUGGCCCCCGGGCCUUAGGUUGCCUACCUCUGAACUUAAAAUGUUCAAGGAAAUGCAUGGUAUAGUCCUCUUUACUGCUAUGUUUCUCCUGUAAUCUCUGGCUUUGGUGGGGGGGGGGCAGAGAGGGGCAAGAUUGCAUAGCUCCAACAUCCAACUUUUCUUGAUUAUGUGGUCAUUUCAAACAGUGACUCCUCCACUUACAUUCUGAGUUGGUAUAGUCCUAUGACAAGACUGUACCGUUAGUUGCCUCCAGCUGUGGUAGGCAUUGUGGGGCAGUGCCACAGGGCCGCACUCCCAACAAUGGCAUCACUUCUGCUUAUCAGAGGGAAGGGGAGGGGCGGGUGGCAACUAGGAUAGGGCUGUCUGGUUUAUCCAUGGAACCCCCCCUUCCGAAGCAUAGCUGUCAACUUACAGAUUUGAAAAUAAGGGACCAGCAGCCUCGAAAAUAAGGGAUCAGCAGCCAAAAUAAGGGAUUUUCAGAGCACAGGUAUGUUCAGUUUCUGAGCCCCUCCGAGCCAAAGGUAGAAAGCCCAGCCAGCAGCCAAACGAAGCCUCAAGUGGUGGUUCCCACAGCGCAGCAACCCAGCAAAGGGGAUGCAGCAAGGAAAACCACCGUCACCUCUCCGCUGGGAAGUGCUGAGCAGAGGCGAGUCCCCAGGCAACGUGGCCAAUUUGAUCGGCACAGGGCAUGCAAGCUCCACCCCCCAGUCGUUCUUAGACUCCUUAUUGGGUGAGCAACGCAGCCAAGCAACACAGUUGGAGCCUCCCUCCUCCCUGCCGGCCGGGGGGGGGGGGAGCUGCUUCCUUUGAAACCCGGGAAAUUUAAGGGACAUCAUCAAUAAGGGACAGCAGCGGGACAUGGCGCUGGGAUAAGGGACUUUCCCGCCAAAUAAGGGACGGUUGACAGCUAUGCCCCUUCCCCAAGCUCACUUACCCUUGUCCAGGUAAAUUUCUGGUGGCCUUAUGUUAAAAAGUCGGCCCCCCCUCCUAUGCCUCCCACCGCCCCAGGAAAGCUGGUUUUAUUUUCAAAUGUCAAUGAUUGCUUUCUAUUUUUUUAGGUCAUUACAGAUUUUUCAGGAAUUGUACUGGAGAAGACAGAGGGACCAAACGAUUCUUCAGAGAAUCAAGGUACAGUAUCGGUUCUUUCCUCAGUGAGCUCCACCAAUAUCUCCCCAAGUAUUCUGUCACUAGAUUCACAAUGCCAUGGCGUCGGUUCACAUUUUGCCUUUAUUUUUAAAUGCCUUGGAAAACGAAUGACUUGGCAGCACAUCUGUACUGGAGCCAAAGAUUCCUCUGGCCACUCUUUCCAUCUGCUAGAUGAAGCAUUGUUAUUUUUUGAGUAGGGGGGAUGGAAAUUGAAUUGCAAGCCCAAUUAUAUUAUGGAGAUAUCCUGUUUAUAGAGCAGUAGAUCAGACCCUUAUAGCAUUUGCAGGAAAGAACUAUUGGUUGGUUUGUUGUUUUCAUUUGAAAUUUUUAUUUAUUAGCUACCCUUCUGGAUUUCAGUGUCCUUCAAUUUCUGAUAUUUCCCUUUAACUAACUCAGUUGCCGCAAAACAGGCGUCACAAUUUACCAGCUAAAUGUGAGAUCUGCUCCUGCGCUGCCUUCAGAUACAAAACCUUGCCUUAUGUAACUGGGAUACUGACUUUCAGCUGCCAUGGGAUGGCGGGAUAGAUAGGAAAUCCAGUUAAUAAUCAUGUUAUUAAUAACGAAUUUGAACUGUUUCUCCCCCUCCCCUCCAUCCCAAAUCAGUGUUUUGAGUGGACUUUGUCAUGUACUCUAAGAGCAAAAUCAUUUUUAAAUUGGUUAUUUAACAAAGCAUAUAUACUGCUUGGUUGUAGUAGAAACUCCAAGUGAAGGAUUGGGGUAAUCUGGAAAUAUAACCUAGGUCCCACUUGUAAACGAUACCAUGCUGGUUAGAAAAAAAACCUGCUAUUAUCUUCUAGUUGCAGAAAAGGUUACCUGUUCGAUACCUGAGGGUGUUCCCAUAGACAUCACGGUGAAACUUAUGGUAUGUUUGGUGCACCUGAACAUCUUGGAGCCUCUCAAUGUAAGUCCAAAAGUGAAUAAAGAAAAACAGAGAGAGGUUUUCUUGGGAGUCAGUGAGAUUCCAAUGAAGUUACAGUAAAGACAGGGGUGGGGUUGUUGUUUUUUUUGCUUCUAUAAAAAUAUGAUCUGGGAUCCAAGGAGCAGCUUGGGCAAAUUGUACUAGCUGUGCGGACAGUUUCUCAUUUUAAUGUUUUCUUUGUAAAGGUUAUCCUCUUGCCAAAUCACCCCCCCCCCCAAACUUCCCUCUGCUUUGCUAGCACUUUGUCAUGGGGCAUUCUGGGACUGCUUUUAAAAAGAGGAGAGGUCUAAAGUCCAUUUGAGCUCAUGAAUUGGAUUUUUAAAAAAUGAUUUGUAAGAGAUUUUUUUUUAAAGGCGGGGGGCGGUGAGGUUCUGUCCAUGAGCUAUAAUAAUGCAUAGCCUUUAUAGCUUUGUAGUGUCAAGGGAUAUUAGCAUGAGUGUUCUAGAAUGUAAGCGAUUCAGUCGACAUUGGGAAUAUUUGCACCAUAUGCGCUGUGGCUCAUUCCUAGUCCAGCUAUACAAGUCUAAGCCAUAGAAAUGUGGUCAAAGCCUAUCAUUCAACCUCUGAUCCAUUUGCCGUUGUAGGAAUCCAGCUCCCAUUAUUAUUAUUAAUUUAUUAUUUAUUGAAUUUAUAUACCGCCCUGUACUCGGGACUCUCCAGAUGAUUCACAGAAUAAAAUCAAAAUAUAAAACCAUGAAAUACAUAAUAAAAAUAAAAACAACAACCCAAUAGCCGCUCCCCCCGCUCCGCACAUUUUAAAAGGGCAUAGGAUGUAAAGGCCUGGUUAAAAAGGUUUUUGCCUGGCGCCUAAAGGUGUAUAAUGCAAGUGCCCGGCAAACUUCCCUGGGGAGAGCAUUCCACAGACAGGGAGCCACUGCAGAGAAGGCCCCGUUCUCCUGUUGCCGCCCUCCGGGCCUCUUGAACUUUGGCCAUGAUGUCUGGGGGUGAAGGGAGUUUGUGUCCAACAUCAUUUUGGGGGAGCGUAGGUCCCCUGGCUCAAAUCCCCCUCUUCCAGUAUCAUGGUUUCCUCUACAAGGGUUCUUUGGAAAGGCUUGAAGGAUGUAUUUCAAACAAAGUUACACUGGAUAGUUUUCGAGAGGUCGGAUCCUACAGGAAUCCAUCAUCCUGCUUAUGGAAAAUCUCUGGAGAAAAGUGUGCAUCUUGCCAUACCCUAAAGCAGGCAUAGGCAAACUGGGCCCUCCAGAUGUUUUGGGACUACAACGCCCAUCAUCCCUAGCUAACAGGACCAGUGGUCAGGGAUGAUGGGCGUUGUAGUCCCAAAACAUCUGGAGGGCCCAGUUUGCCUAUGCCGGCCCUAAAUCAGGGCUGUGGAACCUUUGUCUCUUCCGAUGUUGUCGGACUCCAGUUCCCAUUAGCCCCUGCUUUCAUGGGAAUGGUUAGGGAUGAUGGGAGUUGUAGUCCUGUAGCAUCUGGAGGAACUGAAAGUUCCCCAGUCCUCCCCUAAAUAAUUAGGGUCCUUUCAUGACAUUUUAAAAAAUUAGUUGGUUUUUAGGAGAAUGGGAUGCUUCAAUUGGGAUGUUUAGUCUGCAUUUAAUGUUUUCAAUUAGAAAUCCAGUUAAUCGAUCCUUUUAUUAUAUAUAUUUUUGUAUCUGUUUACGAUGAAUGUUUUCGUUUUGAUUUUUUUGUGCUUGAUUUUUGUUGUUGUCGUUCUGCCAGCUCCUAUUGACCACACUAGUGGAGCAGAACCCUGAGGAUAUGGGAGAUUUGUAUCUCGAUGUUGCAGAAGCCUUCCUUGAUGUCGGAGAAUACAAUUCUGCACUCCCCCUUCUGAGUUCCCUGGUGUGCUCAGAAAGAUACAAUUUGGCAGUUGUUUGGCUCCGACAUGCAGGUAAUAACGCUGCUGAAAUUGCUAGAAAUCUCUUCUGACACACUAGAUGGGUCGCAUUUUGUAGUGGAAGAUAAGGUGGCUGAUUUUUUGGGGACCCUAAUACUAGGGGUGCCGAUUUCAGGGGUGGCAAGACUCACAGUGUGGCUGAAAGACCCCAUCCUGGAUAGAUUCAAGUGUCUCUUGCAGAAAAGCAAUUUCUUUAGGAGCAUUCCUUUUAAUACCUUAUAAUGAUUAGAUUUUAUAUACCGUAUUUUUCGCUCUAUAGGAUGCACCAGAUCACAAGACACACCUAGUUUUUGGAGGAGGAAAACAAGAAAAAAAACAUUCUGAAUCCCAGAAGCCAGAACAGCAAGAGGGAUUGCUGCGCAGCAAAAGCAGCAAUCCCUCUUGCUGUUCUGGCUUCUGGGUUAGCUGUGCAGCCUGCAUUUGCUCCAUAAGAUGCACACACAUUUUCCCUUACUUUUUAGGAGGGAAAAAGUGAGUCUUAUAGAGCAAAAAAUACGGUAUUUAUUAAUCCUUAUAUUUAUAUGCCACUGGUCUCCUAAAAAAGCAUCAUAGCUGUUUACAACAGAAUAAAAACAUAAAACCAGAAACUAAUAAAAGCUAAAAAAACAAGAUAAGGUGCAAAUCUGAAUCGGAUGUAUGUUGGGAAUGUAAGGAAACAAAAGGAACAUUUUUUCAUAUGUGGUGGACAUGCAAAAUAGUUAGAGUAUUGGGAAAGGAUAUAUAAUGAGAUGACAAAUGUUUUUAAAAAACAUUUCCCCCCAAACCAGAGGCAUUCCUUUUGGGAAUGGUGCAGACAUCAGAAGUACCCAUAUGUCAGAAAAAAAUAUUUUUGUAUGUAACGAUAGGAGCUUGGAUUUUGCUAGCACCAAAAUAGCGGGUGAGUGAGGACCCCAUAAGGAGGAUUGGCAACUUAAAAUGAUAAGAGUAUGCAGAACUAGCGGGUCUAAUGAAUAAAGAGAGCGAGAAGAUCAAGUAUAUAAAGAGGAGUGGGAAAUCUUUGUGGAGUAUUUGGAAAAUAAAUGUAAACAAGUGAAAACAAGCUAGCAGGACUAAGAUAAAUUCAACAGUGUAAUGUAAAUACAGAGAGAAAUUGAAUUAAAUGGAUACAUAAGAAUAUGCAGGAGUGGAGGGAAAUACAGUGGUACCUCGGGUUAAGAACUUGAUUCGUUCUGGAGGUCCGUUCUUAACCUGAAACUGUUUUUAACCUGAAGCACCACUUUAGCUAAUGGGGCCUCCCGCUGCCACCGCGCAAUUUCUGUUCUGAGCAAAGUUCUUAACCCGAGGUACUUUUUCUGGGUUAGCGGAGUCUGUAACCUGAAGCGUCUGUAACCCGAGGUACCAUUGUAAUAAACGUUUGCUAUCUGUACCACACCCAUCUGGCUGGGUUGAGUGAGGCAGCAAUUCUUUGCCUUCCUUUCCAGAGUGCCUGAAAGCCUUGGGCUACAUCGAUCGUGCGGCGGAGAGUUAUGGCAGAGUUGUCGAACUCGCCCCUUUGCACCUGGAUGCCAGGAUCUCUCUUUCUACCCUUCAGCAGCAAUUGGGCCGGCCUGAGAAAGCCUUGGAAGCACUUGAGCCCAUGUAUGACCCAGACACGCUGGCACAAGAUGCCAACGCCGCUCAACAAGUAAGCGUUCGUCUGUCCUUUGCCCGCCUGCCUGCUUGUCUCUUACUUUAGCCCUGUUUAGGGAAGUUUUAAAUAUUUAAUCCUGUAUUGUUUUUAACACUCGAUUGGAAGCCGCCCAAAGUGGCUGGGGAAACUCAGCCAGAUGGGUGGGGUAUAAAUAAUAAAUUAUUAUUAUUAUUAUUAUUAUUAUUAUUAUUAUUGCAUUCCUAUCUCAACCUACUCUCCAAGGAGCGCAACAAGGAGUAGUGGUUUGUCAUUGAAAUUCUACUCAAUAUUGAUCCAGAGUAGAUUCCAAUGUAAAAACUUAAACACGUUGCAGGAUUCCCCAAAAAUAGACCAGAGACAAUUGUAUUCCAUCCAGCAGAGCUUUACUGCUACUUGAGGGCAAAUGGUCACCAAUCCAAUACAUUCAGGAUUGGCACUGUUCAUAAGAAAUCCAGUUGCAGCAGACUUAACUCAAACUUACAAUAACCUUUAAUAAGUCUAAACCUUAACACUGUAUACAGAACACCACACCAGAAGGAAAAGAGAUAGAAAAUGUGAAACCUAGGCUCCUUCUGACCUAUUUUUAUAGUCAGCAUGACCUUGACAGAAAGAGAUAAGAGAACCAGUUUAAGCCAGCUGUGCUCAGCUUCUCUGAAGGAAUAACCCAAACAUCAGGAACCUUCUACUUGUUUCCUUCACACAGAGAAGCUUCCAGAAGUUUCCAGAACCCUCUUGAAUUAAGUAGAAUAGGAAGGAUCCUCUGCACAUCAGAUCAAUACUUUCUGUACUAAGAAAUGCAAACUGACAUGGUUCUGCUGCCACACCUCCAUUUUAUUCUCACCACAAUCCCUGUGAGGUAGAUUAGGUUGAGAGGCAGUGACUGGUCCAUGGUUGCCUAGUGAGCUUCCUGGCUGAGUGGGGAUUCAAACCCUGCUUUCCCAGGUCUGACACUCUGUCCACUGUACCAAACUCGUUUAAUGUGCCUUCUAGGGGACUUAGAGUAGUUGUUGUUGUUCUUUAUUAAAUUUAUAUCCCGCCUUUCAUCAUAAGUCCUCAGGGCAGUUCACAGAGUAAAAUACUGGAUUAAAAAUCAGUAAAGCAAUAGAGCAAAACAAUACCCAACCCACUUCCCACAGACAGAUUUUAAAAGGCCAAAGGCCUGGUUUGAAGAGGAAUGUUUUCACAUGGCACCACAAAAUAUAUAAUGAAUUCCCCAGGCGGAUCUCCCUGGGGAGAGCAUUCCCCAAAUGGGGAGCCACUACAAAAAAGGCCCAUUCUUGUGUUGCCACUCUCCAGACCUCCAGAGGCACACAAAGAAGAGGUUUCAGAUUAUGAAUGCAGAAUCCAGGACAGUUUAAAUAGGUAGAGGUGGUCCUUUAGGUACUGAGGCCCUGAGCCGUUUAAGGCUUUAUAGGUCAAAACCAGCACUUUGAAUUGGCAACCAGCACUUUGAAUUGGCAGCCGGUGCAGGAUCGGUGUAAUAUGCUCAAACUGUCUUUGUCCCAGUGAGCAACCGGGCUGCUGAAUUCUGCACAAGCUGAAGUUUCAGAACCAUCUUCAAAGACAGCGCUGCCAUAAGGAGGCUGGUUUAAAUCCAUGGACUCUGUUAGGCUGAUUAGGUCACUUCCUUCCCACAGUGCCUGCGGCCCUUUUUAUUUGGGGUGGUUUUCCAAGGGCUCAGAGGAAAGAACCUGAUCUGCUGCUUGAGGCAGUUCAUGUCAACCGCUUAACGUACGGAAGUGGUUGCCGUGGAGAUCGGCUUGAGCUGCCUUCUGCAUCUGCACAGUCGCCACGCACCCAGCAGUUCAGCAUCUCCAUGUGGACAGGCCAGCACUUCAGCCCUGCAUGAGAUUUGUUCAGCCAGGCAGCCAGAAGCACACAAAAGGGAACAAUUGUAGACAUCUGUUCCUACUUCCUGCAUUGACACUGAGAUUGUGAUUUGAGAAUUCUGAUCUAGGCAGUCAGGCAGAUUUUUGUGGUUUGCAGCCAACAGUCAUUGCAUCUCCUUAUAGGAACAGAGCAAAAUACAGUGGUGCCCCGCAAGACGAAUGCCUCGCAAGACGGAAAACCCGCUAGACAAAAGGGUUUUCCUUUUUGGAGGUGCUUCGCAAAACGAAUUUCCUAUGUGCUUGCUUCGCAAGACGAAAAUGUCUUGCGAGUUCCUGCGGGUUUUUUCCCCUCCCCCCCCCUUUUCCCAAGCCGCUAAACCGCUUAUCAGCUGAUCAUUAAGCCGCUUAUCAGCUUAUUGUUAAGCCGCUUAUCAGCUGAUCGCUAAGCCGCUUAUCAGCUGAUCGUUAAGCCCCUUAUCAGCUUAUCGUUAAGCCGCUUAACAGCUGAUCGCUAAACCGCUUAUCAGCUGAUCCGCUAAGCCCGCUAAGCCGCUAAUACUGUAGCGCUAAUCCACUAAACCCCUAAUGGGCUUGCUUCGCAAGACGAAAAAACUCGCAAGAUGAAGAGACUCGCGGAACGGAUUCUUUUCGUCUUGCGAGGCACCACUGUACUAACCCUUUCCUUUCAUUUUUACAAACCGCCUUGCUAUUUCUUUUUGAAAUGAAAGGUGGCAAAUCCUUUUUUUAAAAAACAACGUUUUAAUUUGAUUUUACAGAUAUAAAUUUAUAACAAAACCAAAUACAUAUCCAUAUAAAGAGAUUUCUCGAGUCUCUCCCCCCUAACUCCUCCAUGGGUCCUCUUGUCAACGUUUUCAACUGCAUAUUAUUUCAUAGUCUAUAUUUUAUAUCUAUCCAUAUUGUCCAUACUACUUGUUACAUUACAAGUGAGAUUAAAAUCCUGCUAAUGUUUUCAUCUGCUUACAGGGGUCUCCUAAGUAAAAUAUAAAUUUUCCCCAGUAAAUAAAUCCUUUUAAUAGUAGCAAAUAUUAUGAGCUUUCUUGUUUACAUUGCUCUUCUGCGUUUAAAUUAUUUGGAAGAUGCUGUGCUGUAAUUCAGCUGUUUUCUUUUCUAUAUGGAUAAAUGCAGUGGCUGUUGCAAGUAAAAAGAUCCUUCUCUUUCUGGUCCCUCAGUCAUUGGGGGAUGGAGGGGGACAAACUUCUUUCUAAUGCCAGUAGUCUAUUGUUAAUGUUUGUAAAGUAAUAGAUGGAAGAGAGGACUUUGUGCGAUCUAACUUUCUCCAUGUGGCGCUCAGGAACUGAAACUGCUGCUUCAUCGGUCGACGCUGCUGUACUCUCAAGGCAACACAUAUGGCUACGUUGAUUCGUUGCUCACCAUGUUAGCCAUGCUGUUAAAGGUAAGCGAAUUAUUGCAUCUCCUCUUUCACACGGCACACCUUGUCUAAAAACCCCCCUGCUAAGUACAUGAUAUUAGGUGUAUAUGGACAUGACAACUGGGAAAUUGGCAUUAUUAUUUUUAAAAGAACGUGUGCUGUGUUUGGUGACUGCCUUAUAGACAUUACCCCUUGUUUGGGCCCAGUUUUUUUGGUUUCAUGCAACAGCAACCUGUGGAUAAUAUUCAACUGUUGACAGCUAUCUGAUUCAAUUACACCAGUUUUAUUUAUUUUACAUAAACCUUAUUUGGCAGCAGCAGAAAUACUGGCACUUUUCAGCUUGAGUUUGGAACACUUUCACAAGUUAAAACGAUUGUCUGUACCUAGCCAUGAAAUUGACUGCAGCAUGGCUAUUCAACUAACUUCCAAUGUGCUCAACAUCUUUAGACUCACCUUGACUGUCUUCCAGGUUGCCAUGAACCGAGCUCAGGUGUGUUUAAUAUCUAGUUCCAAGUCUGGCGAAAGGCACCUCUAUCUUAUUAAAGUUUCGAGGGAUAAAAUAUCUGACAACGAUGAUCAGGAAACUACUAACUGUGAUGCAAAAGGUAACGGCAGUGUGUGUUUGUAUGUGUUUUCAUUUUUUUAAAAAGAGUCUUGUCCUAGAAAGCACUUUUGGCAUGAUAAAAUUGCCUCUUGCCUCCUCCUCCUUGUAUGGUGAAGGUAGGGAAUCCGACCUCUGGUAUAUGAGGCUAGGCUAUUUCUAUCCUGUAAUGUUCUGAUUCUGUGUUGUUCUGGAGUUUUGCAGAGGUCUACAUCUUUUAAAUUGUGCAUGUUUGUCAGAUGUAUAUUUCUGCUCUUCAAUUGCAAGAAUGGAUAACUACCUGGUAGUUCUGUCAACUGGGUUGGAUGCCAUUGUGAAGAAGGUUUUCUUCUUAUUGACAAGCACGUUAUGGAAACAAUUGCCUAUAGAUUAUUUCUGCCAACAGUAGGCUUGUCUCCUUCAGAUAGUUUUAUUUUUAGCUUUUAUCGCCUUAGGUUUUAUUUUUGUUUUCCGCCCUGAGAAUGGUCAUACUGAAUGAUGAGCUCUUGAUGUUCUGAACGGAUUAAGAUAUUGCUUAUAAUGCUAUUACAGCAAUAUUUGUGGUGCUUACAAGCGUGCUGACGAAAGACGACUGGUGGAGCCUCCUUCUGAAGGCAAUCUAUGCUUUGUGCGAUCUUUCUCGCUACAAGGAAGCAGAACUCCUAGUGGACUCCUCACUGGAAUACUAUUCGUUCUAUGACGACAGGCAGAAGCGUAAAGAACUGGAAUACUUUGGUCUCUCGGCUGCAAUCCUGGACAAGAAUUUCCGAAAAGCUUACAAUUACAUCAGGUGAGUCGCUCCGAAGGGCUUCAUUGGGCUGAAGGUUGACUGCACAAAGAGCACUGCCUGUCUGGCAUGCAUCUGAACCAGACUCUUGCAUUUACAGUGGUGCCUCGCAAGACGAAAUUAAUCUGUUCCACGAGUCUCUUCGUCUUGCGGUUUUUUCAUCUUGCGAAGCACAGCUAUUAGCGGCUUAGCAGCUAUUAACGGCUUAGCGGCUGUUAGCGGCUUUAAGAAAAAGGAAACAAACUCGCAAGAACUCGCAAGACGUUUCAUCUUGCGAAGCAAGCCCAUAGGGAAAUUCGUCUUGCGGAACGACUCAAAAAACGCAAAACCCUUUCGUCUAGCGAGUUUUUCAUCUUGCGAGGCAUUGGUCUUGCGGGGCACCACUGUAGUGAUUAAAGAACGAUUCCUUUGGUCACUGUGUGCAGUCUGACUGGUGUUUGCUUCCUCCAUAGGAUAAUGGUCAUGGAACAUGUCAACAAACCUCAGCUUUGGAAUAUCUUCAACCAAAUCACCAUGCACUCGCAAGAUGUGCGGCACCAUCGCUUCUGCCUUCGGUUGAUGCUGAAGAACCCUGACAAUCACGCGCUCUGCGUCUUGAAUGGCCACAAUGCCUUCGUGUCUGGUAGCUUUAAGCAUGCUCUUGGUAAGAGAACAUUAGUAUUGCUUGAUAAACAUCACAAAUGCAACCUCUGAUGAAGGUGUUUGAUGUUGAACUUCUCCACCCUUCCUUUAGAAUGCAGUGUUUCUCAAACUUAGUUCCCCAGACAUGGUUGGACUACAACUCCCAUCAUCCAUCCCUAGUUAGCAGGGCUGAUCAAAGUUCUAGUCCAGGGGUCAGCGGACUUUUUUAGCAGACUGUCCCUCUGACCUUGUGGAGGGCUGGACUAUAUUUUGAUUUUUUUUUUAAAAGAAUGAAUUCCUAUCCCCCACAAAUAACCCAGAGGUGCAUUUUAAAUAAAAGCACACAUUCUACUCAUGUAAGAACACCAGGCAGGCCCCACAAAUUACCCAGAGGUGCAUUUUAAAUAAAAGGACACAUUCUAUUCAUGUAAAAACAGGCUGAUUCUUGGACCAUCUGCGGGCCGGAUUUAGAAGGCGAUGGGGCCUUCUAAACAUGCCUACCCAUGUUCUAGUCCAACAAGAGCUGGGAACCCAGGUUUGAGGAACAAUGCUUGAGAGAGAGAUUGGGCUUAGAUAAUGUCCCUGAUUAGGACACUGGAAGCCCUGCAGAAGGCUGCAUGUCUGUGGGUAUGCUCACGAAGCUCUUAUCCACUCAGAUCUGAUGAGCAUUGUCAAAACCGAUUGCCUCUUAGGCAGAUACCUGAUAAACAAGACUCUAAACCAAAAUAGCCUUUGCCAUAAUUAAUCCGUUAGCUUUUUAAAGUGUCACACGACGCUGCGUGCUUUUGUUGCACAGCUACCGCUCUGAGUAGAGGUGAAAGGUGAUGCUGGUUUGCUUUCAUCAUUUAGCUAAAUAAUUGUUAAUGGUCAUAGUGUAAAGCGGAGCCUAUACAGUGGUGCCUCGCAAGAUGAAAUUAAUUCAUUCCGCAAGUUUUGUCGUCUUGCGAUUUUUUCCGUCUUGCGAAGCACGGUGUCGGGAAAGUUUUGGAAAAGCUUCAAAAAUCACCAAAGUCUUUAAAAACCUCAAAAAAGGCUACCACACCGCGUUCUAUGAGUUGCUCCUCGAAGUCAAGUCGCAACUGUAUUAACGGUGUUAAGAAAAAGGAAACAGACUUGCAAGAUGUUUCCGUCUUGCAAAGCAAGCCCAUAGCGAAAAUCGUCUUGUGAAGCAGCUCAAAAAACAAAAAACCCUUUCGUCUAGCGAGUUUUUUGUCUUGCGAGGCAUUCGUCUUGCGAGGUACCACUGUAUGUGUGUGAACAUUUGUGAAGAAUCUAUAGGGAGUUUUUAGUAAGUAAAAAAGCAUAGCAACUUAUGGUCAGGAAUGAAAAGGAAUUUGCUGUUCGUAACUCACGAGCUGUGCAAGUUGAACUGUAAGCAGAAUGCAGGCGUCUCCCCACUUCUGUGUGAUCAGCACAUGCACUCCCACUGACAACAACGCGUGUUGUUUUUGGCGCCAAAAGGGGGCAGGUGUGGAGGCAGAAUGGGCGGCCGGGAACAGAACCCCUGCGUAAGUAAGGAUUCCACUGAAUCUGAUGCUUGAAAAAACAGUGUAAUCCACAUAUGUAAGAAAUCCAUGGUUUGGAUUACAGAGCUGUUAUGUUCCCUUUGCCGCCUCCACCUCCUCCCUAGUAGGAGCCCUGCUGAAAAAGUUCCCCGAUGGUUAGAGGUUCCUGCUGAAUAGUGGGGUGGCGAAGGAAGAUAGGGAAGAGGGGGUUCAGGCAAAGGCAACUUCAGUGAGCUGUGUUCUUUAUGGAAGUAUCCAAAAGCCUUUUUGUUCAGCAUGUGGUUUUAAUAAACAGUAUUUCAAAGCCAUUCGCUGUUUCCUCCUAGGGCAGUACGUACAAGCUUUCCGUAGCAAUCCCAACGAGCCUCUCUAUAGCCUUUGUAUAGGCCUGACUUUCAUCCACAUGGCCUCUCAGAAGUAUGUGUUAAAAAGGCACGCGCUUAUAGUACAGGUGAGUUUAUUUUUUUUUGGAUUUUGAUCCCACUCUUCCUCUUUUGUAGCACAUGCUUACAUAGCAUGUUCUCAUGCUAUGAUGUUUUAUUGUGUUUUUAAUAUUCUGUUGGGAGCCGCCCAGGGUGGCUUAGGAAACCCAGCCAGAUGGGCAGGGUAUAAAUAAUAAAUUUUAUUAUCUAUCUAUCUAUCUAUCUAUCUAUCUAUCUAUCUAUCAUGUUGAGUGGCAAGGGUUGAAAUGGGUCUUAUUAUGGUUUCCCCUGAGUGCAGCUUACUCUGAAGUCAUUAUUGAUCAUUUUGUUACAGUUUUACACACACGUAUGGCUAUUCUCUCUGUUUAAAUACUUGGUUUGCUGUGGAGAAUAUAUGGGUUAGGUAUAUCGUGGGCAAAUAGCCUCAAACAUUUUGUGUCGUUUCACCUCUAUACCAUUUUUCUACCACAGCUAUGAGCACCCAGAAUGUAUUUUCUGCUGGGAUUUAGCAAACAGACCUGUGCAACCAUAGGUCUCUUAACACACAAAUUGUACUGGAAUUACUAAAAACAAACCACUGUAGGCUUCGUUUUUCUUAACUACAUAAUAAUUUUAUUCUGCCUUUUCCCUAUUCAAAACCAAAGCAGAAUUUUCUUCCCUUAUAUUGAUUUUAUAACUCCUAAAAGCCCUAAGAUUAAGGCUGCAGUUUUAUUUUCACUUCCUUGGGAAUGAAUCUCAUUGAACUCAGUGGGAUUUACUUCCAAGUACAGAAUACUUAGGACUGAUAUGUACACCGUUUUGAAUAUGUCAACAGGAACCUAACAAAAUGUUGCUGCUGUUUAAGAUUCCUAGCUUACUGCCUAAAGACUAAGUUAACAUAUAUAGAGAUGGAAUGCAAUCCAGUCCCAGUGAAACACUUCUUAAGUCCCACUGAUUUUUAGGGGAGACGAUUUGAUGAACGUGAGCUUAACUCUCUCCCAUUCCAGCUAACAAGAAUGAAAACGUCUAUGCCUUGACUGGAUUGUAUUCUACCUUUAUACAGCUUGAAAACUAUUUACCUGUUUGGAUUUUUAGCCUUCUCUGAGUGGAAUAGCUAACAGAACAAAAUACUGUACAUUAUAUCAAACUCUGGCCACUAAAUCCUCACUUUGAGAUCUUGUUGGUAUGAGCAAAGGAUUUUAAAUGUUGCUGUGCAAGUCUGUUCUACUGCUUGUCUGUCACCUUGGCAGAGGAGUGUGUAUUUUGCCUUCUCUUGUGUUUUCUUUAAUCCAGUUCUGUUUGUUCCGUUGGUCUCUUACAUUUGGAUGUGGCCCACCCUUCUGGUUUUAAGUCUGAAAUCACAGCGAUAGUUAGGCACUCUUGGCUUCCUUGGUUACAGGGAUAGGCUGAGAUUCUUAUGAGAAAAUGGGCAUGUUAAAAAAGAAGGGAGACUUUUAAAAAAAUGGGCAUGUUAAAAAAAGAAAAUGGGCAUGUUAAAAAAGAAGGGAGACUUGACAACUCAAGCGUUGUUAAGUGAAUUUGGCCUGGUAAUUAUCAUAAUGGUUUUAAAGAACUCUUCCAUGAGUUUUAUUCUCCUACGUCGGAAGAAGUAACGUUUUGCCGGGGUUUUUUGCUUCGUUUUCCCAAACAAAUUGGGACUGCAAGUAGUUACAUAUUAAGAUUUGUGGCAGGAUGCAGAGAGAAGAAACAUAUGUAUUGGAAUUGCCGCUUUGUGGGCUUUUUCCAAAAGACUCAAUAAGCAAACAAAAUGAUCAGAAUGCAAUGUAAGAUGGACUACAGAUACAGGAGAUAACAUUGGGCAGGAUCCAGGGUGAGGAGGUAGGGCGUGUGUUUUAUCUUCCUAGGGCCACAGUCAAUCUGCUUUCUUCAACUACUCAUCCUUGUACUGUAUGCUAGCAUCUGACCAUAGCUGCCAACCGUCCCUUAUUUGGCGGGAAACUCCCUUAUCCCAGCGCCGUUUCCCACUGCUGUCCCGGAUUGAUAUCCCGUAAAUUUCCCGGGUUUCAAAGGAAGCAGCUCCUCUCUCUCCCUCCCUGCCGGCCAGGGAGGAGGGAGGCUCCAACUGUGUUGCUUGGCUGCGUUGCUCACCCAAUAAGGAGUCUAAGAAUGACUGGGGGGUGGAGCUUGCAUGCCUUGUGCCGAUCAAAUCAGCCAUGUCACCUGGGGACUCGCCUUUGCUCAGCGCUUCCCAGUGGAGAGGUGAUGAUGGUUUUCCUUGCUGCAUCCCCUUUGCCGGGUUGUUGUGCUGUGGGAACCACCGCUUGAGGCUUCGUUUGGCUGCUGGCCCCUUAUUUUCGAGGCUGUUGGCCCCUUAUUUUCAAAUCUGUAAGUUGAUAGCUAUGCAUCUGAUCAAGUCCUAGUUUUGAGGAUUGGGAGAAUGGUGGACUUAAAAACAGCCGUCUGCUCAUCCAGAAAGAAUGGCCCUGGGAAUCCUUUCGACUGCCAUUGCAACCUGCUCUUGACUCUUUCAGAUUAUUUUAAUCUUGGACGACAUUUUUAAACAACAUGGGAAUGGCUGGUUUUAAAAUUCCAUUCUCAUUCCAAGAACAGUCGUUCCUUGGUUUCGGAACAGCUUAGUUCCCGAACCUUUUGGCUCCUGAACACCGCAAACCCAGCAGUGACCUUUCCAGUUUGUGAACUGUUUUUGGAAGCUGAAUGUCUGACGAGGCUUCCAAUUGGCUGCAGGAGCUUCCUGCAGCCAAUCAGAAGCCAUGCUUUGGUUUCCGAACGUUUUGGAAGCUGAACGGAUUCCGUUUGACUUCCAAGGUGCGGGUGUAUUCGAAGCUGGGGCAAGAAAUCUUAUUGGGGGCAAAGGCGGCUCUACAUUUGACUUGUUCCUUAGAAUUUCUGGUUUUCACACGAGACCUUUCUCCCUCUCCCACCUUGUAUACAGGGCUUCUCGUUCCUCCAGCAAUAUCUGAGCCUCCGUGGUUCCUGCCAAGAAUCUUUUUACAACUUAGGCCGUGGCCUUCAUCAGUUGGGAUUGGUACAUUUGGCAAUUCACUAUUACCAGAAGGCACUGGAGCUCCCCCCUCUGGUCCUAGAGGUAAUGUAUGGAAAUCUUAGAAGGUAAAGGUACCCCUGCCCGUACGGGCCAGACAUGUCCGACUCUGGGGUUGUGCGCCCAUCUCACUCUAUAGGCCGGGGGCCAGCGCUGUCCGGAGACACUUCCGGGUCACGUGGCCAGUGUGACAAAGCUGCAUCUGGCGAGCCAGCACAGCACACGGAAACGCCGUUUACCUUCCUGCCUGAGCGGUACCUAUUUAUCUACUUGAACUGGCGUGCUUUCGAACUGCUAGGUUGGCAGGCGCUGGGACCGAACGACGGGAGUGCACCCGGCCCCACCUGCAGCACUGGCUUUGAAGAUGGCAACCCGCCUCCUAAAACAGCACAUAAUUCCGAUCAUUGUUAAGUCUUGCAUAAACGUAUGAGGAAUUAAGACAAUACCGCCCUCCACCGACAGGAAAUCUAUUCUUGUAUGCAUUGAAAAGUUGACUUUUGCAUCUCAUGGAAGCUGCCGGGCUUCAGUUUGCAUGUUGCACUGCUUUGAGAUGAGUAGACCACUAGUCCCAUCUGAAGUGGCCUUUAUGUUGCUGCUGCUGGAAGGAAAGGGACAGUUGACAUUUCCUAUGAAAAAUCCUGUCCUUCCAUUUCCCUAGCAGGUUGUGCACUAAGGAGGAGCUUGCUGCUUCAGAACUUCAUCCGCCACACAAAGACUCAGCUAUGUUGCUGGGCUUUAAAAAAUAAGUUUGACCAUCUUGACACACAGUUUCAGAGUCAUCCCAGGGGUUUGCUUGCGUACCACUUUAUAAUUUCUCGAGAAGUGUAGCAAAUUCAAAAUCUGUGUUAAAAAAGAGUAUGCCUCCCAGCACUUGCCUUCUGAAAGAGGAUUUGAGACCUUUCAGAAUGCGAGCUUUGGCAGGCUGGAAUGUCUGCGAUGGAACUGCUGGGUUGUCAUGUAUGCAAUAUGUGACAAGUACCCCUUUUGUUGCGCUUGUUCAGGCAAGUUGUUUUUCUUCCCUCCACCAGGGAAUAGAAGCAGACCAGACAGACUUGCGAAGGGAUAUUGCCUUCAAUUUAUCGCUCAUCUACCAGAGCAGUGGAAAUAUUAGAAUGGCUCGGAAAAUGCUGUACACGUAUGGAAUUGUGUGAGGUGAAAGCCGGCAUCGAAAACUGAUUGAAUGAACUAAGAUGGAUUACUUUCCUUGCUUUCGAGGAACCUGGAAAUACGCUGCUGCCUUUCAUGGAUCUGAGGCUUUGUGACACCGGGCAAAACUAUGCUUACAGAUUUCUCCAGAUUGGCUGAACGUGAAGCAGUCAAGUAGAUGGUGCAAGUUUUCACAAAGAGGAUCCCUGCUAAAGAUUGAGCAGAUCUGAGGCGUGACACUGACCCCAACCUGAUCGGUGUGCUGGAACGUGCAGAGUUCCAUACAAAUUGUGAACUGAGUAAGUCGCACAUCUUAACAGCCAAGCACACAGAAUGUGGGACAUUUUGCUCAGAAUGUACAAUUGGGAGAGAGCACGAGUAAACGAAAUGUGCUAGAUAACUCACCAGCAAAAAGGCUUCUACCUCUUCAGCUGCCUGCUUUCAAGGAUAUUUAAACAUACAUUAGUCCUCUGUGUCUGGAAUACCCCAUAAUCAACGAACCUAGCAAAACCUUUGAAUCCUUUUUCUGUGUGUGUGGUUGUCCAACAGUUCAUUACUAAGGAGAUUCUGAAGUUGCUGUAUUGUUUGUUUGCAUCCAUGUGAACUUGUCUGUGAAAUCUAACCAUUUUCUUGCUUUUCUGAAACCGGAGAGACAGAGAUGGUUUGAACUAAAGCUAUACCUGCUCACCUUGAAGAAAGACCCAUUGCGACUUAUUUCUGAGCAGACUUAUACGGGAUUGUGCUGUAAGGUGCUAACUCUACCAAGCCGCGCUUGAUUGCCAGUAUACUGGAAAGACGUGUCUGUCUAGUUACCCUUCAGAAACACAAUCAACAAGGCAGCCCUGUGUAUAGAAGUUUUUAAUAUUUGAUGUCUUAAUGUGUUUCAGCUUGUUGGAAGCUGCCCAGAGUGACUGGGGCAACCCAGUCAGAUGGGUGGCAUAUAAAUAUUUUUUUUAUUAUUAAGGGUAUCCGCAACCAUUCCUGUGCACAGGACUGCAGUCUUAAACUAUGCAGUCACAAGCUCUCUCAUUCCCUCCCCUGUCCUUUGCGUGCGCACGCGCGCGCACGCACACACACACACACACACACAUAUAUAUAUAUAUAUAUAUAUAUAUAUGUAUAUUGCUCUUAUAAAUGAGUUAUUGGCUGCUUUAAAAUAAUUGUG